AUGGACACACCUCCUCAGACGCCAAUGGUUCAGACCCCCUCGGCCGGCCGUACUCAGUCUCCUACCGGAUCAGUCAUCUCCUCUGAUAGCCGCACUAGCUCCCUACCGACUGAACAGAGUCCAUCGACAGCGAAUGUCAACACGAACGGCAGCAGAGAUGAGACGCUCAUGUACGGCCUCCCUGUCACCUUAUUUCCCCACGCCACCCAUUCUGUCAAACUGACUUUGCUCUACCCCCAUCAUCAGCCAGGGCGCAUCCUCCUCAAAGAUUUCACGAAGCUCCAAAUGCCGUCCCAAGUGAUGGGGUCUGCGGCGGAGAAGGUUACCCGCACCCCCAUCCAAUCGCAACACGCUACCGGCGACGUCGGACGCGGACUGCACGGCUGGACUGCAGCAGAGCAGAUCGAUUCAGAUGCAGUAUGCGGGCUUUUCAGGGUUAUACCCACAGGUGGUGACGAAGAUUGGUGGAGGAAGCAGGGUUGGCGCGGAAUCUCCAUGAGUGGCGCAGAAACACCACAGACCUACAUCGCCUACAUCGCAGUCGCAUAUGGCACAAUGAAGCUCUUCAGUCAAGAUCAGAGAGUCGACAGUGGAAAAAAUGAGUCGGGGCUGACUAUGCGCACUUUUGACAUUGCUGCAAACAGCUUGGUCGGCCCGGACAGUGUCAGAUACAUCGGCAACCCCGUCGGCCGAUUUGACACGCGCGAUCCGGCACAUUUGGGAGCUGAGUCAUCACUUGGCUUCUGGGAAGGUGUGCCGGUCGCGGGCGCAGACGUCACAGGGGAUGGCAGAACUUACGGUGAAUUGCCUGUUCACACGACCAAGGACGCCUUGCAUGGCUUUGUUGAUGCGAUGAAUCGACAUAUCGCUGAGCAGAACACUGCGGUGGGGUAUAAGGGGGACGGUACUUCACUCAAGCAUGAGAUCUACAGGAUCAUCUACACCGAUCAGGGCACGAAUUGGGACGGUGAGCAGUCAGCAAAGACGCGCGAGUUCCGCGGCAUCUUUACCCGAGGGGAACCCGUGAUGAAGCCUUACGCAUUCCACCCGCCACCUGGAGAGAAUGAUGAUUCCUGCACUGGCAUUAUCGCGGGACCAUACGUUUUGGCUUUUCGGGGAUAG